ACAUUUUGAAUUUGAAUCUAUAAAAUGGGGAAUGCAAACACGCACGAGCGUAGAAAGUCCGGAUUGCCAGAUACAGGUCUUUCUAUCGAGGAUAUACGUUCUCCUCCAGCACUGACUAUAGGAGAGAAACCGAAGAAAAUUGAAGCGGAAUCAACAGCGCGAAAGAAAACCCCGCCUCCUAGCUUUGAAACCACAGUCACUGAUAAAAAUGAUAAAAUCGAAGAGGCUGGAUCUCCCAAUGAGUUUAGAAGAAGGGCUGGAACUAUGGGAGAGGAUAAAACAACUAAGGAUUUAACCUCAAACCGUCUUCCAACCAUCAUUAAGUAUCCUGGGACCGGGAAAGAUGUUUAUGUAUGCGGCACAUUCUCUGAUUGGAAGAAGAUUCCCAUGGUAAAAUCUCAGAAGGAUUUUGUUGCCCUGAUAGAUUUACCAGUUGGAGAACAUCAAUACAAGUUUGUUGUUGAUGAUGAAUGGAUUCAUGAUCCGGCUCAACCUUCUGUAAAGAGCGAUGUCAGCGGAAAAAAUAAUGUUAUUAAGAUUCAUCAAGAUGAUUUUGAUGCUUUCUCUGCUCUUGAUAUGGAUAGUAGGUCCACCAACUCCAGGCACAGACGAGGAGGAGAGCAGAAGUUUGGUCAGGAUAUUCCCAGCGUUCACUCAUUUGAAAACAAGGCUGGACCUCCAAUCCUUCCUCCUCACCUUCUUCAAGUUAUACUCAACAAGGACACUCCGCUUUCCUGUGAACCUACUUUGCUCCCUGAACCAAACCACGUCAUGAUAAAUCAUCUCUAUGCUCUCUCCAUAAAGGAUGGGGUUAUGGUGAUAUCCUCUACACAAAGAUAUCGGAAGAAGUAUGUGACUACUCUGUUGUACAAGCCUAUCGAAGGAGCCGCGUAGUGAUUGCUCUUUACUAACUGCUGUUAAUUUUCAUACAUUCAGACCCUCCGUUGAAUAAUUUAUUUUGAAUAAUGAUCAUUUUAGAGAUUAUUUGCCGAUAUUUUUAGUUAUUUUAAUAAUUGAAUUCUAGAAAAUUUAUACCCCUGAGGUCUGUAACUAAUAAGUUUAUCUUGUCAAAUAUUGCAUAUUUUAAAUACAUAAAUACAGUCUUCAAGCUG